AUGACCCUCCUACGGUCCACCCUCCGGGGUACAAUAAUACGGCACUUAUCGUACACAAGUCGACUACGACAAGCAGUGAAACAGUUCAAUGAACCUCCUCGAAUAAACCAAGUAGGUAUACAGUAUCUAUCUGAAGAUUUACAUCUGAAAGUGUUCCCCCGAGUCCCUAGCACCAGCUACUUGAACCAUCCGUACCCCCAGCUUUUGGACGAAGCACGGUUCCAAUUGGAACGGAACGGCUUACUAGGCAAGAAAACACAACUCCUGGAACCAAUCAAUAUUUCCAACUUCCCCCAGCUAGUAGGCAACAACACUUUAGAUGAACAUUUUUACAAGGUGGGUGCUCAUGCCAGUGAGCCCUACCGAUCCAUGUGUCAUGACUUUUUAAAGCAGAGUCUUCCUCCACGACCCAAAGCUUGGGAAUUCAAAUCAGGCUGGACCAGAUAUGCACCUAACGAGCCACCGCAACCCGUGCCGUAUCCUCUUGAAGACGCAUUGGUAUUUGAUGUGGAAACACAAUAUAAACGGUCUCCAUUUGCCGUCAUGGCCGUCUGUGCGUCUGAAAAGGCAUGGUACGGCUGGGUAUCACCAGCAUUGCUUGAAGCAUCCCCUGAUGCUUCUUACGAGCACUUAAUACCGAUGAACUGUCUACACAAUGAUAAGUUGAUAUUGGGUUACAAUGUCAGCUACGACAGAGCUCGUGUUCUCGAUGAAUACAACAUCAAACAGUCGCAAGCGUUCUAUUUAGAUGGUAUGGCAUUGCACGUUGCAACCAGCGGAAUCACGUCUCAACAACGACCUCGAUGGAUGAAGCAUAAGAAGAAUAAGAGGAAACUUCAAGAGUUAAUGAACGAAGAAGACUCUACAGACACUGCUGCAGAAACUGCUGCAAUCUUUUCUAGCAUGAAGACAGACUUUACUGAUAUGCAAGAGGAAAUUGAUUCUGACUUGAUUGACGACCCAUGGCUCUCGAAGGGCUCAACCAAUUCGUUGGCUAACGUUGCUGAAUUCCACUGUGGAAUCAAAUUACAGAAGGAAACACGGGAUAUCUUUGAAACUCUUGAAACCUCGGAGAUUAUCGAUAGCUUCAAUGAUUUAAUGGAUUAUUGCGCAAUGGAUGUCGAUGCCACAUUUGCUGUGAUCAAGCAUUUGUUCCCUCGGUAUGAGUCGAAGAUCCCCCAUCCUAUUUCCUUUUCAGUUCUCAGACACAUGGGCACCUUGUUCCUACCCACCACGAAGAAGUGGGACGAAUAUGUUUCUACGGCAGAGAGAAUAUAUCAAGACAACAGAGAACAAGUUUCGGACAUUUUGAAGUCUAGAGCCGACGAAUUGAUUCAAUUUGCGGUUCAGCAUGAUGAAUCCUUGAAACCAGAUUGGGAAACCGACCCAUGGCUUAAACAAUUGGAUUGGACCAUCAAGGAAGCAAGAAUCAAAAAGGAUGGGACUCCUUACAAGAAACAAUCGUUUUUAAUCGGAUACCCGAAUUGGUAUCGUGAGUUAUUCAAGAUGGUUGAGUUGUCGGACGGUACAAAGGAGAAACAGUUGAACAUUACUGUGAGAACCAGAAUCACUCCCUUAUUACUACGAUUGAAAUGGGAGGGUGAACCUUUGAUCUGGACAGACUCUCAAGGUUGGUGUUUCAAGGUGCCCUACAACGACGACAGAAUAGCCGAAUUUGAAGCCAAAAAUUAUAACCAAGCCCGGUUAUCUGAAGAAGAUUUAGAGAAGUUCUUACCUGAGCUUCAAGACUUGGGUCAGUCUUAUGUAUUGUUCAAGGUUCCACAUCCUGGUGGACCCAAGAAACGGUGUACCUCGGUUAUGUCGAAAUCAUACCUGAAAUACUUCGACAACGGGGUAUUGUCCAGUCAUUAUGAGUAUGCCAAAGAGAUCUUGGGCUUGAAUAGCAUGGCGUCGUACUGGAUGGGUAACAGGAACAGAAUCAUGGACCAAUUUGUCAUAUACCAAGACCCGGAGAAUAAAAAGAACCAAUUCUUUCAGACUCCAGAACAACAGAGUUCAAACCCGGAUAUGGGCAUAAUUAUUCCAAAGUUUGUAACCAUGGGUACCAUCACCAGACGGGCAACGGAAAACACAUGGCUUACUGCCUCAAACGCUAAAGCAGAUAGGAUCGGGAGCGAGUUGAAGUCUUUAAUAGAAGCACCCAAGGGUUAUGUAUUUGUUGGAGCAGACGUGGACUCUGAAGAGUUAUGGAUAGCCAGUUUAAUUGGUGACUCCAAGUAUUUGGUCCAUGGAGGUUGUCCAUUAGGUUGGAUGACCCUUGAAGGUGAAAAGAAUGAGGGAACGGAUUUACAUCUGAAGACAGCUGAAAUCUUGGGUAUUUCACGGAAUGACGCCAAAGUGUUUAAUUAUGGUAGAAUCUAUGGGGCCGGUGAGAAGUUUGCUGGGACGCUUUUGAAGCAGUGUAAUCCUACUUUGUCUGAUGCUGAAGCCAGUAAAAUGGCCAAUGAGUUGUACACUCGGACAAAGGGAAGUCGGGGUAAGUUUUUGUAUCGGAAUGAUUAUAAUAAGCCUGAGGUAUCAGCAUUAUAUGGCGAAGAAGCACCCAAAAAUGGCUUACUGCUUUAUUAUGGAGGUACGGAAUCCAUUGUGUUCAAUGCUCUUGAAGAAAUUGCCGGGAAUCCAGAACCACGAACUCCAGUACUUGGAGCUGGAAUAACUGAUGCUCUUAGUGUAGGGAAUCUCAACUCCAACAAUAGUUAUUUGACCUCUAGAAUCAACUGGACCAUUCAAAGUUCCGGAGUUGACUACUUGCACUUGUUGAUUAUGUCCAUGGAUUAUUUGACCAAAUUGUAUAAAGUUGACGCUCGGUUAUUGCUUACCGUUCAUGAUGAAGUGAGAUAUCUUGUGCAUGAAGAUGACAAAUUUAAGAUUGCCUUACUUUUGCAAAUUAGUAAUUUGUGGACCAGAGCCAUGUUUUCCGAGCAAUUGAGCAUCACCGAGGUUCCACAAUCGGUUGCAUUCUUUCUGGAGGUUGAUGUUGAUAAGUAUCUACGGAAAGAUGUCAAUGCUUCCUGUGUGACUCCCUCUAAUCUUGAAGCCAAGGCUCCUGGUGAAUCUUUAACGAUAUUACAGUUGCUUGAAAAAUGUGGACACGGAGAUAUUCUUAAGUUGGACCCAGAGUAUGUUAAACAGUUUAAUAAGAACUACGAGGACAUCAAGUUUGAGCCCAGACCAACUAUUCUCAACUCAAAUACUGGGAAGAGUGACAUGAAAGCUCGAAUCAAACGCAUUGAACUAGAAGGGUCGGAAGAUCCAGAUCUUUGGCGUAUAUUGCGUCGACAAUGCUUUGAUUUAAUGAAAACGGCUUACUAUGAAACGUUAGAGAAUAAUGUUAAUAAAACCUUCAAACAAAAGCUGAAACAGAAGCUGAAACAGAAACUGGUAACCGCCACAAGGGCUCCCAAAGAUACACAGGACGACACUUCUUCCAUGAACAAUACGGAACUGAAAUACAUCUCAAAGUACACCAAACGAGCCACUACAGCUACUACUACAGCCACUGCAGCCUCCAGUACUACUACAGCCAGUGCUAGAUCCACUACACCCACUACCACCAAGACACGACCAUCUGCUCCAUUGCUGUCAAUGAUUUCAGCCAUGUCCAUCAGUGCUAUGAGAAGGAAGAUUAAAGUUGGCCUGAGUUUACCAGAGGAGGCUAAGCCUGCUCCCAAUGUAAAACGACGAUAUGUCUCUGAGCAAUUUCAAGAUGACAUGGCGCCGACUAUUUCGCUGAAUAAAAUUUUGACAGAACAGUCGAACCAAAUGCUUGGUAAUAGUCGACGACCGUCUCGAAUUAUUGCCUGA